AUGUCCGCGACGGACGCCGACGCCGUCCACGCCAUCCUACCCGGCGGCAGCGUCGAGCUCCGCGUCGCCGACCCGGCCGACGGCGGCCGACGGCUCUUCGUGCGCGCCCCAAUCAAGGCUGGGGACGAGAUCCUCUCCUUGAAUCCCUACGCCGCGGUCCUGAACGACGCAUCGCGCACCUCCCGGUGCGACCACACCUUCGCCAAGCCAUCCGACAACGGCGGGUCGUUACUGCGAUGCGCGCGAUCGAAGGUGGCGCGCUACGUCUCGCGAGACGCGCAGGUCGCGGCGUGGAAGCGCGGGUACAAGGAGGAGUGCGCGUCGCUCGUGAAUUGCGCGCCGAGGGUGCCCCCCGCCACCGUGCGGCUCGCCGCGCGCGUCCUCUGGCGCCGCGCCCGCGAGGCCGCCGCCGCCGACGGAUCCAACGACGACGAUGACGACGAGAUUAUCGAGGACGGCGUCGCCGCGGCGGCCGCCCUCGGCCUCGGACGCGGCUACGACGCCGUCGACGCCCUCGGCGACCACUGGGAACGCCUACCCGAUUCCCGCAAGGCGUCGCUCGCGCACGCCGCGAUGCUCGCGACAGCCUUCCACGCGGGAACCCUCGGCCCGGGCUCCACCACCCCAACAGACCCCGACCCCGACCCUAACCCUAACCCUAACGCGGCGGAUCCGCGCCACGUCGCGAGGCUCCUGGCCAAGAUAUCGUGCAACGCGCACACCGUGUGCGACGAGGAGCUCAACGCAAUCGGCGUCGGCGUCUAUCCCGCCGCGGCAAUGGUCAACCACGGCGACGCCCCCACCGCGGCGCAGUCGUUCAAGGGGAAAAAGAUCGUGCUACGGGCGACGCGGGACCUCAAACGAGGCGACGAGGUGACGAUGGCGUACGUCGAGCUGCUCGCCACGCGGCAGGAGCGAAGGGCGGCGCUCCACGCGGGGUACAACUUUGAUCUCGACGGAACCGAGAUGGCGACGUACUGUCCGCACGCGUCGCCCGAUCGCGUCGAGGCGUGCGAGGGAAUGCCCUACAUGCGAAACACGCGCCGCACGCGUUUACCCGGGGGUGCCGUGUUGGUGGACCACGGCGAGGGUUCCGAUUCGCCGCCUUGGAGGACGGGGCACGCGGACGCGUACCUGUGCGCGGUGGAGGCGUCGAGGAAAUCGGGGGGUGGGAUUCUUCACGGGGGCGUCGAGGUGGUCACGCGACCGAUUGGGGACGGGGACGACGGGGACGGGGACGACGGGGACGAAAAGUCGGCACCCAACAGGGACGACGAUGCGGUGGACUACUCCGGGGGUCUCGGCGGCUUGCGCGGGUCCGGCGGCUUCGGUCGGACGUUCGCCGAGGAGGCGGAGCGAGCGUUCAAGACGGUCAAGGCGCGAUCGUCGAUGGCGGAAAUGGAGAUCGCGGGGGGGCGGCUUCGCGAUAAGUCGCGGUUCGAGGUACACGUGUGGGGCACCCUGGGCGGUGCCGACAGGGAGCACACGGCGAUGCGCGUCGCCGAGUGCGCGUCUCUCCUCGCCGUCGCCGAGCGACACCUCGCGGCGGGCGGGACCAAAAACGGCGUCGAGUCGGCACUGAAACCCCUCGCGCGAAUGUCGGACCUGAUGAACGGCGACGACGCAUCGUGCGCGCUCGGUCCCAUACACCUGCUGCGCGUGCGCGUCCUCGACGCCAUGCAGCGCGCGGCGGUGACCGCGGGGGACUUUGAAAGCGCGAGAGACGCGGCGUACGCGGUGCUACCCGCGUACCGACUGUCGUAUCCCCCGUGUCAUCCGCCGCUCGGACUUCACCUCGCGCUCAUCGCCAAGAUCGAGGCGCACUUAGUGGACCUGAACGCGGCGGUGCAGUUCGCGCGGGAGGCUAUCUCGUGCCUGAACGUGUCGCACGGGCGGAACAGCGACGUGGUCCGGAUGAUGGAGACGCUCCUGGGCGAGUCCGAGGCGGAGCUCAGGUACAACGAGUACAAUCGGAGCGGGGGCAACGAAGACGCCGAGACCGGGGAGGGGUACCUGGAGGCGUACGAGUGA